GUUGACAAUGACUCUCGCACAGACCGAACCGAAUGCGAGGAAGGCGAACGAGCAUAUUUUACCGCUCUGAGGACACGGUUUGCGUAGUAUCGUAGUUUUUGAGGACGCGACAGCGAUGACAGAGGCUGAAUCCAAGUCAUGGAGCGUGUAAGUGGGUUUCCAAAGCAGACGUUUAGUCAGCUGAAGGUUGUUCGGCAGAGAUGGGCUCAGUGACCUCAGCUUUCACCAGGUCUCGCAACACGUUGGUCAAAGUGGGUUCGGAGCCGCAGAAAGAGCCGGACGGGAAAACGCGGAGCGGGUCUGGUGUGAUCGCUAAGCAAACUAGUAAACAACCGCUGACGCGGAAAACAACCGGCGCCACCAGAGCAAACACGCCACAAGCUCCUGCAUCUGCAACAGUGGCUAAUGAGGAUGGUGAGACCAACAGUAGGCCACUGGCCAGAUUUGCACGCUCAAAGUCUCAGAGUGCGCUGUGGAACACGCUCACCGCUGGGACGGGCAAGAAGGAGAAGGUCAAAGUUCAGAGGGACAUUCCGGACGAUCCACGCAGAAUAGAAGAGAUCCUGGCCGAUGAGCUUCCCUCUACAGACGUCCCAGAAGCAACAGAGAAAACUGCUGUCAGAUUACGAUGCUUGGUAAAACAGUUGGAGAGGGGAGAGGCGUCUCUCGUGGACCUGAAGAAAAACCUAGAAUAUGCUGCCACUGUUUUGGAAUCGGUCUAUAUUGAGGAAACAAGGCGAUUGGUCGAUACUGAAGAUGAGCUCAGCGAUAUCCAAUCCGAUUCUGUGCCCUCAGAGGUCCGUGAUUGGCUGGCCUCCACCUUCACUCGGCAAAUGGGGCUGAUGCUGCGGCGGACGGAAGAGAAACCGCGAUUUCGCAGCAUUGUACACGCAGUGCAAGCUGGGAUAUUCGUGGAGAGAAUGUACCGGCGAACCUCUAACAUGGUGGGACUGAGUUACCCUCCGUCUGUCAUAGCAGUGCUUAAGCAUGUGGAUAAGUGGUCUUUUGAUGUAUUUGCUCUGAACGAGUCGAGCGGUGACCAUGCACUCAAAUUCAUCUUUUAUGAGCUCCUCACUCGAUACGACCUCAUCAGCCGCUUCAAGAUCCCCGUCUCAGCACUCGUCUCAUUUGUGGAGGCUCUGGAAGUGGGAUACAGCAAACAUAAAAACCCCUACCACAACCUGAUACACGCAGCCGACGUCACGCAAACCGUGCACUACCUGCUUCUCAAGACGGGGAUGGUGCACUGGCUGACGGAGUUGGAGAUUUUUGCGAUGCUUUUCGCUGCUGCUAUCCACGACUACGAGCACACCGGGACCACAAACAACUUCCACAUCCAGACCAGGUCGGACACAGCCAUCCUGUACAACGACCGCUCUGUGCUGGAGAGUCAUCACGUCAGCGCGGCGUAUAGACUGCUUCAGGACGACGACGAGAUGAACAUCCUGUACAACCUCUCCAAAGAUGACUGGAGAGAGCUCAGGGCGCUCGUGGUCGAGAUGGUUUUGGCCACUGACAUGUCCUGCCACUUCCAGCAGGUCAAAGCCAUGAAGAAUUUCCUCCAGCAGCCCGAGGGAAUUGACAAACCCAAGGCUCUGUCUUUGCUGUUACACACGGCUGACAUCAGUCAUCCAGCCAAGAACUGGGAUCUACACCACCGCUGGACUACGUCACUGCUGGAGGAGUUUUUCCGACAGGGCGACAAGGAGGCAGAACUUGGUCUACCUUUCUCACCUCUGUGCGACCGUAAAUCCACAAUGGUGGCUCAGUCCCAGAUUGGUUUCAUUGACUUCAUCGUAGUUCCUACGUUUACGGUUCUGACGGACAUGACCGAGAAGAUCGUCACACCGCUUAUCGAAGAGGCCACAAGUUCAGGCCUGGCUGGUUUCCGCAGCAUUACUGCGGGAGAUACGAAGCGGAGCAGUGUGAACAGCUCUGGUUCUGAUGGCAGUGGGUCUCAAAACUGCUCACUGCUCACUGUAGACCUGAAAAACUUCAAGGCCAUCUGGAACGAGGAGGUUACACUGAACAGAGAGCGGUGGAAGACGCAGGCAGCAAAAGAGACGGAAGAAAAGGCCAAACGAGAGCAGGAAGAACAGCAGGAGGCAAUGGUGGAAAACCAGGAGCACAAAAAAGACCCAGAGCUGUCGGGACCAAACAAAGACAGGGUGGGAGAGGACGACCCGGAGCCAGGGGGGGUAAACGGACCCCCGGAAGAAAGUCCACAUGACAAAUCAAAGAAAGAAGAGGCACAUCAGAAAUUACAGAACGGAGAAGUGUCUGAAGAAGCAGAAUCACCAGCAGAUGAAGAUACAAGAACACUCAAUGAAACUGCAACAGCCUAGAGUGACUUCCAGUGGCGUCUUGUGGACAAAGUUGGACAAGGCAGUGAACUUGCUUUUAGGAGAACGCUCUGUUUUGAAGGUCCACGGCGCCCUCUAGAGGACAUGGCUAAUGCUUGCAUCACUUUGUGUUCGGCCUCUAUCCCCUCCAAAGCUGCCAUUAUUUCCAGACUUUCAUAAGACUGAUCUCUGAAUGAUGAAGGACGUAACGGAUGAGAGACAACAGCUGCUUUUGUCUGGUCUGUUUUAUUCACAAAAGCAGAACUCAUUUCCUUCCCAAACCUUUAGAGCGCAAUGGGUGCAUCCACUUAGAAAAGCAUGCAGUAGCUGAAACGAUGCCAUCGAACGUAAGGAUCCUUACUAAAACCUCCAUUUCAAAUGCUUUGUAUGUUUUUCUGCAUUUGAGCAGCCUUGCAGUCGGACGACUUGGUAUGUGUGUAAAGCUCAAACUGUGAUUUACAUCUAAAUAUAAAUAUAUAUAUAUAUAUAUAUAUAUAAUAUGUGGCCUGCAGUAAACUGUAAAUAACUAAUCUUAGCAGCAGUUGCACCCGUGAACAAUAUUCGGCUUUAAAUGCGCUUGACAUGGACUGAUGCAUUUCGGCAAACAUGCAUUUGUUCGCCUCAUAGGUUGCGUAUAUGAAACCCUGAAUAUGUAUAUGUAUUACUAUUGUAAAUGACUGUCUGCAUUUAGAUCAGAGCUUUUAUAACUUGAGAAAAGCCGUACGAAGUGGCAGUAUUUCCUAUUCGAGCACGUCUGUGUGCAGCUGUGGAGUAGACAACGCCUGAUUCAACCUAAGAUUUUUCCUUCUCUCGCUUACCUUCGGAUGCCUUUCUUCUUGUAGUCUUUCUGAAAGCGAACCGAACUGAGACGUCUUCUACAGGAAACGCUCACACACAAACUAGCAGUCACCAUAGAUGACGUAAGUCUCAUAACUGACCGUAGUAGUGUGUAAGUCAUAACCAUAUCACUGUGCUCGCUCUGCAAUACCUGGAUAUUACGCCGUAUGUCAUUUUACUGGUUUCCCGGGGAGUUUGUGAUGAGCUUUUCUCUGUCCUUUGAGCAGGUGAUCUCAAGAAAGCUGAAGAGAACAUAUCCAGGUCAUGUUUUACCGCAAAAUCAAACAUAAACGAAUAGGAAAUGACAUUUUGCACGAUGAAAAGAACCCAAUUUUUAGGACUAUAAAGAAUGUACAAUAGAAGAAUACUGAAAAACAAUGAUUACAUUAUAGAAAUGAGCAUAAAUUAAACAUAAUAAAACAAACACACUAUCAUUCAAAAGUUUGAGUUGGUACAAUUUUUAAAUAUUUUGUAAUAAGUCUUUUAUGCUGCAUUUAUUUGAUGAAAAAUGCUGAAAAAAACAGUAAAAUUGUGAAAUAUUAUUACAGUUUAAAUAAUUACUUUUUUUCUAUUUUUGUGUUUUAAAAUGUAAUUGAUUUCUGUGAUAAAAAGCUAAUUUUUUUGCAUCAUUAUUCCAGUCUUUAGUGUCACAUAAUCCUUCAGAAAUCAUUUAAAAAUAAUAUUUAUUGAAAUAUCAAAAAGUACUAUGAUUGUGUACUAAUAUACACUGUGUGAAGAAUUAUUAGGCAUGUUGAUAUUCUGGUCAUAUUUUUUUCCCAAACACAUUUUACCAAUUCCAAACCACAUCAGUCUUAAUAACUACUGUUAAUUUUGUAUUUAAUCAUUCAUAUGUGAUAUAUAAUUGUCCAUGAAGGCUGGAAGUGAAAAUAUAUUCCUUAUAUUCAGGUGUGCAUAAUUAUUAAAAAAGAUAUUUAACCCAGACUGAAAAGUCCAAAUUAUUAAAUGCCCAUGAGAAGAAUGCAAUACUAAUGCAUUACAAGAAUUUGCAAAAUUAAGGCUGGACCAUUGGACAGUGAAAUGCUUGUUGAGUCUGCAUGGUCAGAAAAAACAGGUGGAGAAGAAAAGAUGCAUGUUAACUGCAAAAGAAUUAGGAAUUAAGUGUGUGACACCAUCAGGAACCGUUUAGUCUCCAGCGCCACCAUUUUCCAGAACUGCAACCUACCUGGAGUCUUCAGAAGUACAAUGUGUCAGGUUCUCAGAGACUUUGCUUGGUAAAAAAUCCUAAAAAAUGCCCUUGACUUAAUAAGAAUAACAAGCUGACAUGUUGUGAAAUACAUGAAGACAGUUUUUCUUCUUUUUUUUUUUUAUAGGCUGUAUAGACAGAUAAGUUGAGAGUGACUCUUGAAGGACAAGCAUCACAUUCUCUUGUACCUCUGAUUCAAGAAUUUAUCUUCCAAAAUCUGGCAGUACAUUUUGGGAAUUCAUGUUUAGUCUCCUAUCCUGAAAAGUCUGACUUGCAGAGAUGGACUAAAAUGAACUCCCAAAACUUACUGCCAGAUUUUGGAAGAUUAAUUCUUGAAUCAGAGGUACAAGAGAAUGUGAUGGUUGUCCUUCAAGAGUCACUUGAAGUGACUUGGAAAAAAGUGACUUGAAGUGUUUGGAAAAAAAAUAUGACCAGAAUAUCAACAUGCCUAAUAAUUCUGCACACAGUGUGUGUGUGUAUAUAUAUAUAUAUAUAUAUAUAUAUACAUACACACAUAUACUGUAUAUUACUAGAUUAUUAGAAUGUAAAAACAAUGAUAUAUUAAAAUUUCACAUGUAUAUCGGUCAAUUCAAUAUCAUUAUUUUUACAUACUAAUAAUUUAUUUCAUUUAUUUUUAGGUGUCACUGAUAAAAUAUGGUUAAUUCUUUUUAAAUGAAAAUAAUAUGCAAAAUAUAGGUUCUUAUUUACUUUCUUUCUGAUUUCAGGUUUAAAUGUGACCUGUAUAUGUUCCUAACAGCUUUUCUGAGGUUCAUUCAUUAUUAUGUUCAGCAUUCAGGAGCUAGUCUGUUCAUUUUCUUCUAUUUGUUUCAUCAGUUUUGUUGUAAAUAUGGUUUCUCUGACCUGUUUUUCUGAACGAGUGAGUCAGAGAUGGGAUGCGUGACUGGAUGUGUUCGUUUUCUGAGGGUAUGACGCGAGUAAAGUUGAGCAUUUGAAUUGUAUUUUAUUUAUACAAAAUCUGUAAAAAAUUAAUUCAUGACUGUAUCUCAUUUCUGUAUAUUAUUUACCAGAGUUAUUAUUGUAAAAGUUUUUUUCUCCUCCCCAAUAUUUUUAAACAGCAAAAUGAAUAGCAUUGUUUACCCUGAUAAAAUGAGUAAGUAAUGGAUAUGCAUUUCUCCUGAAAUGAAGCAAAUUGUAAUUUUAUUACAUGGGUCACAUGAUUUAGUUUGCCGCCUUGUGGUUUACAGCAAAGCUUCCUGUAGAUUCAGACUAUUACUAGAGAUCAUGGGGCAGAUGAAUGUGACAGCAUGUGCUGAGAUGAUGCUACAGCAUGUGUAUGUAUGUGUGUGUAUGUGUGUAGAAGAGAGUAAGAGACAGUGUGUGUGUGAGCUGAUGUUCAGUUUGUAAAAGUUGACACUGUGAUCUUUAGUGUCUAGCCGUCCACAUGAUGUCUGUUUUUGAGCAGGACGCAGAAAAAGAGAAAAUCCUCUGUGUCUGCACAUGCGUGAUUCACAAUAAACAUCAACUUAAAGGGCUCAGAACAAA